CUUAGCUGGAUAUGCAAGAACUAAAUUUUGUAAUAACACGAACUUGUUCGUAAAAAUUACCAAUCGUGCAGACUCACCUAAUUCGUUGGUCGUGAAAAAUUAGCUUUGUUGCUAACCAUAUGUUCCGUUGAUACAUAACUCUAUUGUUAUCCCCCAUAAGGCUGCGCAGAACAGUUAAAUAAAAAACACAUAAUUAUUUAAUAAGAAUAGAUUUGAAAGCACUUUUAACUGCCUAUUGCAAAUAGACUUGUGUUAUAGAAGAUACCAAUACAGAAAGUUCAGUGAAAUAAAAACAUGUUAAAGAGAAAGUAAGUAAGAGAUCAUCUGAACACAUAGAUGACAAACGCAUGACAAACGUAUCAUAUGAGAGAUUCUAAUUUUGGUGAUCUUUUCUAUUUUUUUAUAACGCUGCAACUUAUUGGUUUAUAAAUUACUAAAAUGAUUUUGUACAUUAUCUUGUUGUGUUUGCAUACUUGUAAAAGUAAAGAAGUGACACGUUUUGAAGCUGGUGAUAAAUUAGAAGGUGCAGCAUUUUGUAGAGAGUGUGAUUGUCCAGCUAUGCAUCCCACAUACUAUAAUCUACUAGGAGAAGAGAAAUGUAUACAUGCCAGUGAGACAGGAUGUUCAUUAAACGUGGAUGGAUACACAAAUGAUGUACCUUUAAUAACUCAAAGCAUGCUCAACAAAAGAGAAUUUCGCAUUACUAAAGAUGGCGGAAAUCUUUGUCCAAAUACAUUUGAAGCGUCAAGUGUAAGAAUGUUAGCGCUGACAGAUUCAUGGGAAGUUGUUCCUACAUUUAUGUCAAACUUAUUUUCGUAUAGUAUACCUAAUGUAAAAGAAGUGAAUGUAACGUUUCAUACAGUAUGGUCUGGGUUGCUGAUAAAACUUGAAGUCAAGUGUAAAGCAAGUAAUGGAAACGAAUACACACCACGUGAAAAUUGCGUUCUCUUCAAAUAUGAAGGCACAGCAACGUAUCCUUUAACGCUAUCUUCGUUUGCACCUGUAUCUUCAACAACACCAGAACCGACAGUAUCAAAAAUAGCGACGACAACGACGGCAACAACGACAACAACAACAACAACUACCAUACCAACAACUACGAAAGCAUCAACAGAAACCAACACAAAUUUUAAAAAAAGUACAAAAGUUACACAUGCAAGCUUGGAAACUACUACUCCAGUAACAAAUUACAGUGAAACAUCAAUACCUUUAAGUCCAACAACAGGUACAAGUAAAGACCACAACAACAACAGAGACAUUGCUAUGGCAGCAGCAAUUGCAGCGACUGUAAUUUUGAUUCUAGUUACUAUCAUCAUCAUUUUGAUAUGUUACAAAAAGAAACUUGACAGAAGGUCAUCAAAGAGAAAAGUAGCUUAUACCAAAACAAAUAUUGACGAAAAUAUCUAUGACAAAGUAAACAAAAAAGAAGAAGACAAAAAGAAAGGCGAAAACGAAGUAAUUGAAUUUCCAAAUAUAACCUACGGUAAUAAAAUAAAUUUAUACGCAAAAGUGAGAGAUGAAAGCGACGAACAAAAAAUACAAAAACAAGACAGUCAUUAUUAUAACACAAACGAUAUAAACAAAAAUUCUAACUAUUAUAACGUUUUUGGUGAAAAAGAAGCGUCACAUGUUGACAAUAAGCCAGUAAAUGCGACGAAUGUAAGCCACUAUGAUCAAAUAUGGAGUAACAACGACGAAGAUAAAAAGAAUGUCGAAAGCCGCAAGACUGACCAUGGUGAUGAUAAUAGUAAUCAAGAUGAUGUUGAUGAUGAGGAAAAUACAUAUAUCGUUACGGGAGGACUAAAUCACAACAUUUAAAAUUAAUUUUAAUAAUAUAAAUAAGUCAGCGUCCAAAUUAUUUCACUGUAAUGCAUACCCACUGUAUAUAAUUAUGUCUUCACGUACAAUAAACCUUUUUUUUUAAGUUUGUAAUUGAAUUUUAUUUACAUUAUCUGAUACAACUGUAGAAAUAAAAUUAAAAUUUUGCUGUUACUUGAAAAAACAGUAGUAAAAUUAUUUUUUCGAAUUCGUCGUGUUUUUUUUUAUUUGUUUGUUUAGUUUAGAUUAUUGGUGUUUAAUAAUGAUUGUGAUUGGAAAUGUGAGUUCAAAUAUGUGUGAGUAAUUAGAACUCUUAAAUAUGUGUAAUCGAUUGUAGUUCUUAAAUAAUAAAACCGGCUGCA